UUAUAACUUAAAUAAAACUAAGAUUCUUUAACUUGCUUGACUUAAAUACUUGCGGUGUUUAUAUUUGAAUGGUUUCUGAGGAUAAUUGGACCACUGAUACUAUGUCCGAUACGGACAUGCUUGACUCAAAAGCCGAUGCUUGCGGUGGAGCUUCCAGCUCAAAUUCACCUCGCACUCCACCGAAUUGUGCUCGUUGCCGUAAUCACGGUCUAAAAAUAAUACUUAAAGGACACAAACGUUAUUGUAAAUUUCGUUUUUGCACUUGUGAAAAAUGUAGACUAACAGUUGAACGUCAAAUAAACAUGGCACAAAAAACAGCAGAGCGUAGAGCUCAGCAACAAGAUGAGUCCCGACAAUUGCACAUUAAUGAAGUACCUCCUGUAGUACAUCCAUGGCCUACAUCAUCUUUUCAUCAUCAGCAUCAUUUGCAUCAGCAUCUUCACUUAAACCAAAAUCAUCAUGCUGCUGUUGCAGCAGCGGCUACAAUGAGAUCACGUGCUUCAAUAACAGCAUUACGCUCCCCACCACCACCUUUACCAACAGCCCAUGUAGAGCAUCUCUUGCCUUCAAAUGAAAUACGUUGUGGUGGUGGCAGCAAUGGUGGUGGUGGCAGCAAUGGUGGUGGUGGUAGCAGUGGCAUUGCUGCAGUCAAUGGCAGUUCAUCUGAUCAUCAAAUGUCUUCUGCAUCAACCCCACCACAAUCUUUGGAAGGUUCCUGUGAUUCAGUUUCUCCUUCACCAUCGUCAACGAUGCCCUCUAAUGCCAAUGGAUCAAAUUUUCCACGUAAGUUAUAA